AUGGAAGAUUAUGAGGUAUACGUACCUUUUCAGUCUCUUCAAGCUCUAGGGUGCCAUGUUGAUGCAGUCUGCCCCGAGAAGAAGAGUGGUGACACUUGCCCAACUGCAAUUCAUGAUUUUGAAGGUGACCAGACUUACAGCGAGAAACCUGGCCAUGAUUUUACUCUUACAGCUGACUUUGAGGGUUUGGAUGCCUCAAGUUAUGAUGCCCUUGUCAUCCCUGGAGGUCGUGCCCCAGAAUAUUUGGCCUUGGAUGGGAAAGUGAUUGCUCUAGUUAAGGAUUUCAUGGAGGCCAAGAAGCCAGUUGCCUCAAUUUGCCAUGGGCAGCAGAUUCUGGCUGCUGCUGGUAUUCUCAAGUCUUUUGAGAAUGCUCAUAAUGAUCUUGAGGAACUUCUUGUGGUGGCGAUUACAUUUAACUGCGACUCUCAGCGGUAUAACCGGUGUAUUCAUCGUGAUUUGUUGCAGGGGAAGAAAUGUACAGCAUAUCCUGCUGUGAAGCUCGACGUGGUACUAGCCGGCGCCACAUGGUUAGAACCUGAUCCAAUCGAUCGCUGCUUCACCGAUGGAAACUUGGUCACAGGAGCGGCUUGGCCUGGUCACCCAGAGUUCAUUUUUCAGUUAAUGGCACUACUGAGUAUAAAGCAGCUUAUCUCUGACCAAUGCUUGUCCACUUGCAGUACCAAUGAUGGUCUUCCAUCACGUGCAGAGAUCGGGCUGGCUGGGCAGUCCGAGGAACGAAUGAGGAAAGAGAUGGAAAGAUUUGAUCAUGAAAGAAGGAAGGAAGAAGAAAGGUUGAUGCGUGAACAGCAGAGAGAGGAGGAGAGAUUGCUACGUGAGCAAAGGCGAGAAUCGAGCGACAGGAGUAGUAUUUGCAUAAAGAAUCUAAGAAUUGCCAAGGAAUCCAUGGAGAUUAUGGAGGAUGAACAGCUGGAGCUGAUGGAAUUGGCCGCUGCAAGCAAGGGGUUGCCUUCAAGUCUUUAG